AUGAUCAGUCGGUUUGGACAGGCUGAUUUACUCCCCUGGUUGAGCUCGGGCUAUGCAUUGGGAGCCAUGAACAUUCUUCCUUGGGGCAAGUCAUUCGGUGUAUUCAAUUUAAAAUGGACAUACAUCCUCACUGUUGCCUUGUUUGAGGUGGGAAGUGCCAUCUGUGGUGCGGCGCCGAAUAUGACGGCCUUGAUCAUUGGACGAGUGAUUGCUGGAAUUGGAGGAUCGGGCAUGUAUCUCGGUUGCAUCACAUAUCUCGCUAUGACGACCAGCCCUCGGGAAGGCCCGCAUUACAUCGGGCUAGUCGGGUUCGUCUGGGGUAUUGGGACAGUCCUGGGACCAAUUGUCGGCGGUGCAUUCGCAGAUAGCUCGGCAGGCUGGCGCUGGACCUUUUAUAUUAACCUCUUGAUCGCCGCCCUGUUUGCCCCCGUUUACUUUUUCUUGCUCCCUAAUAUCGACGCACAGCCAACGGCGACUUUGAUCCAAAAGCAUAAGCAAGUGGACUGGGUGUCCAUCGUUUUUCUGAAUGGAUUCAUCACAUGUUUCGUCAUGGCCAUCAACUUUGGAGGAGCCGUGUAUGCAUGGAAUUCCGCUCAAGAAAUUGUUCUCUGGGUCAUGACGGGGGUUAUCUUCGUCGGAUUUCUCCUUGUGCAAUACUUCCACCCGCUUGUGACAAAAGAACAGGUUCUCUUCCCUGGUCAUUUGCUUAAGCGCCCCCUCAUGCUCAAUUUGAUCGUUCAAAUGUUUUUGUCAUCGGGCGUGCUCCAGGGUGCUAUUUACUACAUUCCCUUGUUCUUUGAAUUUGCGAAGUCCGAUGCAGCCCUCGAAGCCGCCGUACGACUUCUACCUUACGUUUUUAUGCUUGUCGCUGGCUGCUUGAUCAACGCCGCUCUUAUGGUCCGAUUUGGAUACUACAUGCCCUGGUACUUUGGCGGAGGUGCGCUGGUAGUAAUCAGCUCCGCAUUGAUGUGUACUGUCAAUGCGCAUACCUCCAACUCCACCGUCUACGGAUGCACUGUGAUCAUGGGGAUUGGUGUCGGCUCCUACUGCCAGGCAAGUUACACUGUAUCUCAGCAGCUGGUACCAAUGACCGAGUUGACCAAUGUCAUUGGCUUGAUGAGUAUCUCGCAAUUCCUCGGCAUCCUCUUCUUCUUGGCUAUCAUGGGCACCUCCUACUAA